UUCAAAUUGUAAACAAUAAACAAAUCAAGUAAUCAAAAUAAUGGAAAUGGAUCUUUUAUAAGAACAUUGAUUGCUGAACAUGGUUCUUGAAAUUAGAAGUAUUUUGGAUAUUGAAAGAAAACAAAUUAUAGUAAUGACUUCAUGGUAUUCACCAGUAUUAUCAAUAUUAUUAUGUGAAACUUGUUGAUAUUGAAUCAUUGGAUCAUGUAAAUAAUCCUAGUUUGAGGCAUGGAACUCCUCAUCUCUAAAAAAAUAAUCCUAGCAUUGAUAUUAUUAGCAUCUAUUUCCUUUUAUGUCUCAUUCAUGUUCAAUUCCUGUGUAGUGUCCAGUCUUUCCAAAGCAAUACCAAAAUGGCAAAUUCAUCCAGUAGUGCCAAAUGAAAUCCCUUUAGUUCACUAUACAUCCGUUCGAGUAGUGUCUUUAUUAGAAGGAAAUGAAACUGACAUAUCACCAAAAUACAAAUUCUUCAGAGAACAGGGUUUGAGGCCUGAGAGACAACUACCAAGUGCUUUAAUAAUUGGUGUGAAAAAAGGGGGCACACGUGCUCUGCUCGAAUUCAUUCGCAUUCAUCCAGAUGUACGUGCAGCAGGCAGCGAAGUACACUUUUUCGACAAGAAUUACAUGAAAGGCUUCCAAUGGUACCGUUCGCAUAUGCCGGCUACUUUAGAGGGCCAACUCACCAUAGAGAAGACCCCCUCGUACUUCAUAACCAGAGAAGCGCCCAGACGCGUCCAGCUCAUGAAUCCCUCCACUAAGUUGCUGGUUGUAGUUAGGGACCCCGUCACCAGGGCCGUUUCGGAUUACGCGCAGGCCGUGUCGAAGAAGCCCGAGAUGAGGCGGUUCGAACAGUUGGUGUUCGUUAACGGGUCCGUGGGCAGUAUCAUCGAUACUUCCUGGGGGCCGGUCAAGCUCGGUAUCUACUCCAGGUACUUGGCUAGAUGGUUGAAAUUCUUCCCGCUGUCUCAACUACUCUUCAUAAGCGGCGAAAGACUAGUCCUUGAUCCUGCCAUCGAACUGAAACGGGUGCAGGACUUUUUAGGCCUUAAAAGGGUGGUGACGGAAAAACAUUUCUACUUCAAUUCCACCAAGGGUUUCCCUUGCUUGUUCAAAAGCGAGGGCCAUUCGGCGCCACAUUGCCUGGGUAAAACGAAGGGUCGCAGCCAUCCGUACAUCAAUCCGGUGGUAUUGCAAAGACUGAGGGAUUUUUUUAGGCCGUUUAAUAACCAUUUCUAUCAAAUGACUGGAAUCAAUUUCGGUUGGGCCUGAAUCCGAAAAAAAAGUCCGGUAGUUGAACUUUAGCUCCUAGGAACUAAAAAGGAAGUACUGGACGUCAUCAAGAAUAAACAACAUUGUUACGGUUGGUUAUUUGGGUUGAGAUGCAUACCUGAUUUGUUUCCGAUUUCGGCAAAUUUGGGAAUUCAUACUCAUGCUGGAGAUAUAAAUACACCUUAUUAUAGUCAAGUAUUGGAAUUAUAAACAUCUCAGUCAAGUAUUUUUGUUUUGAUCAGGGAAGCCUUCAAGAUUCAAAUACUUGCUGGAUCUGUAUUUCAUUCGUUAUUUUCGGGAUAGAUAACUUGUUUUUGAAUAAUCACGACAAGCAAUAGUUUUUUGUCUCAAACAACGAUAUUGUUUACCUUCUUUUGAUUAUCAAGCGAAAAACAUUGUAUUAUGGAGAGGAAUAAAUAAUCGCUAUUAUUAUUGUUGAUAUGCUCACUAACCUAACAUUUUCCACGUCUUGUUCCUAUAGCUGGCACUGGCGCGGUAUUUGCCAUUAGAGCACCUGGUCCAUACACAAAUAUGUCACUCUGUGAUUGUAUUUAUAUUGAAACUACAAUUCGAACAUCCUUGAAAAUUGAAUGAACCUGCUGUUGAUGCAGGUAGAAUGUUCUCACCACACGGAUUAUUUGUCAAUAUUUGUUGCAUUGCAUACAUAUGGCACGGCAUUUGUGGUAACUUCACAUAUUCAUUUGAGUUAAUUGUUUCGGUUGCAGAAAAAAUAGCAUGUUUCAUUCGGUUCAAAAGUAACUUUGUUCGACUCGCAAAUUUUGCUUUCGCUCGGCUUCGCUAAACGCUCCGCCUUGCAAAUGCAAAAUUCGCUUGUCAAACAAAGUGUCACUUUUGAUCCUAAUAAAAUAAUCUACUAUUAUUGAAAACAUUUUUUUUUUCAUAGAUAAUAUGGACAAAAACACCCGUUGGAAAAACUUUGUAGGUACCUUUGUAAAUAAGGUGUAAAAAUAAAUAUUUUGAAUCGAAAAAAAUUAUAUCAUUUUUGGAACAGGAAAAGGUAAGUUUUCACAAAAUUUCGUGAAAAAAAUAGAUUUGUGAAAGAUAAAAAUAAAAACUUCCAGUGAGUUUCAUCCUACUACAAUUAUUUUUGUUCAAAAGAUUUUUGACUCUGGUCUACAAGGCUGAUGAUUCAUUUAAAGGCCGUUCAAUAACCAUUUUCACCAAAUGACUGGAAUUAAUUUCGGUUGGGCCUGAAUUCCAAGGAACAAAUGUGAUACCUGAGUAGUUCGUAUCAGUGGACAUCUUAGACGAUUCAGAGCUUUCGUAUCGCUCAUAUGAGUGACAUUUCUUUUAUUCUGAACUAACUAAAAAUUUCACGUGAACUCAACUGAAUCAGUCAACAUGCAUUCAAUCGAAUAGACGAGUGGACUAUUUUUUUAUUUCUCAAAUAGGAUCAUCACUCAAAUACCUUUCGGUUUAAUAUUUUUUUAGAAUUUUUCGGU